CUCAUACAACUGGUACCCAAUCUCGGUCAGUCAGUCCAACAGGUAGAAAAGAAAGGUGAAUCGGUGAUGGGUGGGAACCCAUAAAAUUCCCCUUGUCGACUCCGCUGAAAUAUGCAACGUUCACACGAAUUUCAAUAGUGCAGGCUGUUCCAUCAACAAUUACACAAUGCCGAUAGAAACAAAUUAAGUAACGGUAAUUACUGCAAGCGAUGGGUUCCAAGAUCGAGUACGUCGACUCCUCACAGAUCUACGCAACGAAUUAUGUGAGGAACUCAAAGGCUGUGGGAGUGUUGUGGGCGAUCUUCACCAUUUGCUAUGCCAUCAUCAUUGUGGUGGCUUUUAUCACUCCGGAAUGGAUCGGGAAUAUUGAGGGCGAAGUACCCGGGAAGUUUGGCCUGUGGACGGUGUGCUAUGCGGAAGAGAAUGGCGAUAUGUGUAAAGGAAGAUUGGACGAAAUUAUGAGCAUGUCGAACAGAGCAUUCCAAGGAGCAACAGCACUCGUAGGCUUGGCAGUCCUGCUGGCUAUCCUGGCGAUAGGAGCGAUGAUCUUGUUUCUCUUCUGCCAUUCCACCACUGUGUUCCAUGUCUGUGCCUGGAUGCAACUGAUUUCAGGGGCAGCUUUGGUAGCUGGAUGCGCGCUCUAUCCUUACGGCUGGUCGCAAGACAUUGUCCAGACCGUUUGCGGCAGUUCAGCAGGCGAGUUCCAGUUUGGAAAGUGUGGAAUCCGAUGGGCGUAUAUUCUGGCAGCGAUUGGAUGUCUGGACGCGAUUGUGUUAGCAACGCUGGCUUUUAUUCUAGCUACCAGACAUGUGACGUUGCAAGCAGAGCCCAGCUACGCCCCUGCCAGCUUAUAUAAAGGUGAAAUGAACAGCGCCUAUCUGAGUGAUUCGGCCAGUGUGGCAGGAAGCAGAAAGUCGAUGAAUAUACAUCCAGUCCUGCUGAUGCCCCCAGGCCAGGACGACACUUAUUCUCAAUUCUCGCAGAGAACAGUUCCCAGAUCCAUACAUUCUGGACAUUAUUCUCAUCCGCAUUCUUUGCACAGGAAUUUUCAGCUUUGAAUUUUCAAAUUYACCUCAAYGCAAGGCCCAUAACAGUGUAGAUUUUUUAAGAUCCUGGAAUUGUAUGAUAACAGMAAUAAAAUUGGUUAGAAAAA